UCACUUUUGGCAUUCAUGGUUUCUAUUGUAGGAAGGGAUGGUUUAACACACAACAUGUUGAAUGAUAUUCAUAAUCACUGGAAACACGCUGAGGCUGUCAGGGUGAAGUGUAUGGGUGUACCCACCGUUGAUAUGAAAAAUGUUUGCACUCAGCUAGAGGAUAAAACAUUUGGCAAGAUUAUCCAUAGACAUGGUGGUCUACUCAUAUUAUACAGGGGCAGGAAUUAUAUCCCCAAGAAGAGACCCGUGAUUCCUUUAAUGCUGUGGAAGCCUCACGAGCCUGUAUAUCCUAGGCUUAUCAAAACUACGAUUGAUGGCCUUAGCAUUGAAGAAACAAAGGGAAUGAGAAAGAAAGGAUUGGCUGUUCCUGCCUUAACAAAACUUGCUAAAAAUGGUUAUUAUGGUAGUCUUGUACCUAUGGUUCGAGAUGCUUUUCUUGCCAGUGAGUUGGUUCGGAUAGAUUGCCAAGGCCUUGAAAAGAGUGACUACAAGAAACUAGGCUGCAAACUGAGGGACUUGGUGCCUUGUGUCCUGGUGACAUUUGACAAGGAACAGGUUGUGGUAUGGAGGGGAAAGGAUUAUAAGCCGACAGUGGAUGAUGAUCACUUCUUUACAGUUUGUGAUUCAUUUGACAAUCCACGUGAUGAUUUGGUUAGCCGUCCAGAACACUAAACCUCAGAUGAUGACACCAGCAGUCGGCACGACCUCCACUCCGAGUGCAAGUAAUUGCAUAGCACAAGCACCAUUUUGCUUCUUCACGAUCGAGAUGAGUAUUCCAUUGUCAUAUCCAGAAGAUGAGCCAUAAAGAUUUGCAACUGUCUAUUCUUCUUAUGGAUGUUUCAAAGUAGCCGAGUUUCCAUGAUGUUCAGUCUUUUUUGGUUCUUGGUUUCUUACUUUUGGGCUGUGUUUGGUUUAGUUUUAAAAUCAAUUUUGAAAGGUAAGUUUUUGAAAAGAGUUUUCAAAAUUUGAAAAUUUGUUUAGUUGUAUAUUUUGAAAAUAAGUUUGUAACUUUGUAGUUGGAGUUUGUAGUUUGCGAUGAUUUGUAAUUUUUUUUAGUCGAAUAGAUGGGUGUGAGAGAAAAAGUGAUUGAUUGAUAUGCAGGAUGUGAGAAGCGAGAAGAAAUAGAAAAAGUGAAUGAAAAUAGUUUUGUGAAAAUUACAAACCAAACAAAUUUUUGAGUUUUGAGCUCUCAAAAAUUAGACUGUACAUAUCAGUUCAGAUCUUAAUUCCAAUUAAGAUUUCAGAUUAGGAUGCUGAAGCAAUUGGAUAAGAAAGGAAUGAUUGUUCAAUAGAAUAGAGGAACAUUAUUAUGCUUAA